GCGCGCACGCGCAGUUUCUUGUAAACCCGGAAGCGGUUUAUGCAGAGGGAAAGUAACUGCGGUUUUUGGUUUUUCUCAUCUAAACCCGAGCAUCUCCACCCCAGGUCCUAUACAGGACAACGGAGUGUGACAUUUUUCAGCAUUUUAAGGUCCUUCUGCCGGUGAGUGUGGAAGCAAGACAUAUUCUCAAGAGACGGGUGUGAUUCCUCAACAUAUGUUUCCGUGAGAAAAUAACCCAGAGCAGGAGGAGGAAGAGGACAACAUGGCUGCUCCUCAGGGACAGUUGACCUUCAGUGAUGUGGCCAUAGAAUUCUCUCAGGAGGAGUGGGCGUGCCUGGACACAGCUCAGCGGGAACUCUACAUGGAUGUGAUGUUGCAGAACUACAGGAACCUGGUAUUCCUGGGGCUUGCUGUGUCUAAGCCAGACCUGGUCACCUUUUUGGAGCACAUGAUGGAGCCCUGGGAGUUGAAGAGAAAAGAGACGAUAGCCAGCCAGCCAGUUAUGUCUUCUCAAGUCACCCAGGGCUUGUUACCAAAACCAGGCAUCGAAAAUUCGUGUUGGAAUAUGCUACAGGAACUUGAUACUGGAGAGAAGCCUUAUAAAUGUAGAGAAUGUGACAAAGCCUAUAAGUGGUAUUCAAGCCUUACCAGUCAUCAGAGACUUCAUUCUGGAGAGAAGCCUUAUAAAUGUAGGGAAUGUGGCAAAGCCUUUAGCAAAUCUUCAAGCCUUACCAGUCAUCGGAGAAUUCAUUCUGGAGAGAAGCCUUAUAAAUGUAGAGAAUGUGGCAAAACUUUUACCCAGAGCUCAAAUCUUGCUCAACAUCAGAAAAUUCACUCUGGAGAGAAGCCUUAUAAAUGUAAACAAUGUGGCAAAGCCUUUAUCUCGAGCUCACAUCUGACUCGACAUCAGAUGAUUCAUUCUGGAGAGAAGCCUUAUAAAUGUAGAGAAUGUGGCUUUGCCUUUAACCGGUGUUCAACCCUUACUCGGCAUCAGAGAAUUCAUUCUGGAGAGAAGCCUUAUAAGUGUAGAGAAUGUGGUAAAGCCUUUAUUCGGAGCUCAAAUCUUACUCAACACCAGAGAAUUCACUCUGGAGAGAAGCCUUAUAAAUGUAGAGAAUGUGGCAAAGCCUUUAUCUGGGCCUCACAACUUAUGCAACAUCAGAGAAUUCAUACUGGAGAGAAGCCUUAAGAUGUAGAGAAUGUGACUAAGCCUUUAACAAUUCAAGUCUCA